GGCUGCCAGUUACUUUAGUAAUUUACGGCCGUAUCUUUCUUUGUUGUCGAUCGUACAAUUUACUAUCCGAUUAACACUCACUGGGCUAAAUUAAUUGACAAGUUUAUUAGUUUAUUGUGUGAUUGACGUUUGAUAUUUGAACGUUAAAUUCAUCGUGAAUACACGGGAAAACGUAAUAUGCUCGGUUAACUUAUUUCAACACACACAUACACACACGUACUGUUCCAUACCACUGGGGCAUCGGUUUUCAGUUUCUUAUUUAAGUUGUGAAUAAGCUGCACGUCUUAUUUAUUCGUAUUUAUUGGGAUUGGGGGGCCAGGAUUGGUGAGUUAUUCGUUACCUGUGAGUGUUAUCAGUGCCCGAGGGAUGAGUGCUACCACGGGGAUUUGUGAAUUGUGCUGUACGUGGGAUUAGGUUAAGUUCCCUGGACUGGGGAUCGUCCUGGUUGUCUUGUGAUGGAUUUAACUGGAUAACAACUGGUGCUGUCAAAUUUUAGCUCACGAAUUAGAUCAUUCAUCUUCAAGUCGUCGGGGUAGUCCAUUGUUGGGGAAAUAUUUGGAGUGUUGACUUUAUUUCGUUUUAAUGGAGGAGGUCAUCGUGGUUGCAAGGAUUCGGGGGAGAUAUUGAUGUGAAAGCACAUCGAAAUGUCGACGAAGAGUCCACAUCUGCGGGAAUAAGAAUCACAAGUGUUCUGUAGAUUAAUGCUGCUGCUCAAUUGGAGCUAGGUCCCAGAAGACCUAGCAUGGGCCACUAUGAAUCCAUCCGCUGUCAGCAAGUCAAGCACUCGCGGCUCUGGAUAUCAUCAGAAGGCACUAGCUGAAAUCCGAAAUUCCCUGCUGCCCUUCGCCAACAGUGGUGGCACAGGAGAAGUUGGCUCCAGUGCAGCGAGUACAAUAUCAACCCUCUCAACAACCAGUGGUGUGAGUUCAGCCUCUGGCCUCAGUGGUUUAUCAGGUGCCUCAGGCUCCCUAGUAGACAAACCCGAGCAGCGUCAAGCCCUCUCGCAGCUCCUGGCCAUGGGUUACCCGGAGGAGAUAGGCCUGCGCGCCCUGAAGAUGGCAGGAUGGCGCCUGGACGCAGCGAUAGAGUUCCUGAAGCAAGCCCAGGGGGAGUCCCUCAACGGUCUGGGUAAACUCAACUCAAAACUCAUAAGAAAACCCAGUUUAGAACGAGAACUGUCACUCCAGAGGGGCUCCCCAGCCCUCGACUCUGGGGCUGGGAGCUCUCGAUCAGACAGCCCAAGACUCACUGAGCUCAGUCCCCACCCACAGCUGAGUCGCCAGUACUCCCCCAACAGUUUUGUGGAGCGUGAACCUCCACCACCACCUCCACCUCGUUGCUCAUCGACUCCACCGCCCCCUCCGCCCCCUCAUGCCCCCUACAGCCAGCCCAAUGUCCCCUCGAACAUGCAGCAGAUGCUGAAGAGAAUGUCACCAGCUCCGGUGGUGCCCAGCAGAGCACCUCCAACCACUUCAGCAUCGACAACAACGUCUGGUAAUGCACCCCAGAGAGGCACAAGCCCAGUGGCCACUGCCACCAGCACAUCCAAUGGCAGACAACCGAUGAUCGUUCAGAAUGGGCCUCAGGUCCAGCAGCAGUUGUCACAGCAGAUGCAGGCACUGAGCAUUUAUCAGUCCAGCAACAGCAGCUCGAGUGCUCAGGUGGAGCCCCCACCACCUUAUCCCAUUGUUCCAUCGUCGUCGUCAGGGACUGUCCAGCCACCCUCGUACUCUGCGUCCAUGCAGAAUCGUCAGAGCCCAACGCAGUCGCAGCAGGAUUACAGGAAGAGCCCCUCGUCGGGGAUCUACUCGGGGCCCACGUCCGCUGGCUCACCCUCGCCCAUUACUGUGUCCACUGGGCCUAGCAAUACUCAGGGCUCCAUGGCCAGGCCUACUCCCCUGCAAGCCUGGGGGGCUAGGCAAGCCAAGACUCAGCCUCCUAUCAUCAUGCAGUCGGUCAAGAGCACGCAGGUCCAGAAACCUGUGCUGCAAACCGCCAUUGCACCGACGUCACCUCAACCUAUUUCAAGUAGUAGCACCCCACCACCACCACCUCCUUCGUAUGCUUCGUCCAUUCAGCAGAAGCAGCAGCAGUCACAACAAUCGCAGGCGCAGCAGGGUCACCAGCAGCAGCAAUCACAGCAGUCUCAGCCGCAGCCACAGCAGUCCCAUCCCCAAGUCCAGCAGCCCCAGCAGUCCCCGCAGCCGCCACCGCCAGCGUACCCCCCAGUGAACAACAACACCAACAACCAGAGUCUCGGUGUGCCAGUCCCCACGACCGAGCCCCCAAGCUACGCCACAACGAUGCAAGCACUCGCUGCCCAACGCAGCAUGCACCACCCCCUGCCGCCACCGCCCUACGGCACCCCAACCGAGGACAUCACCACGGAAGGUGCCAACGCCCCCAGGUCGUCCCCAGUCGCUCACCAUCCCCCACUGCAGAGGAAGUACUCCCCAGUGGAGAGUUGUCAGCAGCACCCUGAGCAGUCCCCCCCACUGCCCCCAACAGCCUCGUCCUCAGUCGCCAACAGAAACCCCAGUAGUCAUCCUCCCUCAGACAGUGGCGCCAAAGGACCCUACAAAAUAAAACACCAGUCCCCCAUUCCCGAGAGAAAGCACAUGAGCAAGGAGAAGGAGGAGGAGAGACGAGACUGCAAAGUCAGGAAUUAUUCCCCUCAGGCAUUCAAAUUCUUCAUGGAGCAGCACGUCGAGAAUGUCCUCAAGUCCCACAAGCAGAGGCUCUACAGGCGACUCCAGCUGGAAACGGAAAUGGCGAAAAUUGGUCUCAGUGCUGAGGCGCAGUGCCAGAUGAGGAAGAUGCUGUCCCAGAAGGAGUCCAACUACAUCAGGCUCAAGAGGGCGAAAAUGGACAAGACAAUGUUCACAAAGAUCAAGGUGAUCGGGGUCGGGGCCUUUGGGGAGGUGACACUCGUCCGAAAACUCGACACCAAGAACCAGUUUUACGCGAUGAAGACCCUCAGGAAGGCCGAUGUUCUCAACAGAAAUCAAGUGGCACAUGUCAAGGCUGAGAGGGACAUUCUGGCUGAGGCUGAUAAUGAAUGGGUUGUCAAGCUUUAUUACUCGUUUCAGGAUAAGGACAAUCUUUAUUUCGUCAUGGAUUAUAUUCCUGGGGGUGAUCUUAUGUCGUUGCUCAUCAAGUUCAUGAUCUUUAAUGAACCACUUGCCAGGUUUUACAUCGCUGAACUCACUUGUGCUGUGGAGAGUGUUCAUAAGAUGGGAUUUAUUCAUAGGGAUAUUAAACCUGAUAAUAUUCUUAUUGAUCGGGAUGGACAUAUCAAACUUACGGAUUUUGGACUGUGCACGGGAUUCAGGUGGACACAUAAUUCGAAGUAUUAUCAGCAGAAUGGCCACAAUAAGCAGGAUUCAAUGGACCCGGCUGACGACUGGAACAACGAGUGUCGUUGCAUCCAACUGAAACCCCUAGAGAGAAGACGGCACAGAGAGCACCAGAGGUGUCUCGCCCACUCCCUCGUUGGAACGCCGAAUUACAUUGCUCCUGAGGUCCUCCUGCGCACUGGGUACACCCAGCUGUGUGACUGGUGGAGUGUCGGGGUGAUUCUCUACGAAAUGCUCGUAGGAUCGCCUCCAUUUUAUGCCAAUACACCGGCAGAGACUCAGUACAAGGUCAUCAAUUGGGAGACGACUCUCCACAUCCCGAAGCAAGCGAACCUCUCUCCAGACAGCAUGGACCUGAUCCUGAAGUUGUGCACGAAUGCCGACAGGCGAUUGGGAAAAAACGCUGACGAAGUGAAGAACCAUCCCUUCUUCGGUAGCAUAGACUUCGACAAGGGUCUGCGUCGACAAGUUGCCCCUUACAUACCCCGCAUCCAGGACCCCACAGACACCAGCAAUUUCGACCCAGUGGAUCCUGACAAAUUGAGAAAUUCCGAGGCCUCUGACUCCGACAAAUCCGGUGAAUUGCUCGACAAUGGAAAGCCCUUUCACGGUUUCUUUGAAUUCACAUUCAGGCGAUUUUUCGAUGACGGGGGAGGCCCGGCAUAUCCUAGUCGAAUUAGUCUUGACGAUAAUGACAAUCAGGGACCGGUCUAUGUAUGACAUUAGGCCAUGUCCGGGCAAGGCCCAACUACGAGCUCAUAGCUAUGACCGCUUUCACUCUCUCGUAUUUUCCAUUCUUUCUAGAUUCUUUUCUGUCGUGCAUCUUAUUUAAUUUCGUGCGUUUUUGGGAAGAAAAGUCAGUUUUGAGGGCGAUGGUUUUACGGUAAUGCCAGUGGUUUCUAGGAGUUUGAGAGGGCAGUUUGUGUGGGGAUAUGAUUCUUUUUUUGAUUUUUUAGACAGUCAUUUGGGGGCAGGUGCACUGGUGGAAAGCUAUUCCUGAAAUUUCAAGGAUAGAGUUUUGAAGCUUUCAAUAAUGAAUGUUUACAUGAAAUUUAGGGAUUUUGGAUAGUGAUAAAUUAAUUACUGGAAGUUCCAAUGAAAUUGAAGUUUCCAGGUACAUAGGAGCAAUUCUAUUGAAUUUGAAAUGUGAAUAACAAAUUACAUGAGCUUUUGAAUCGUAAAUUUAAUUCAAAUUCCUUGAAUUUCAGGGGAAUUCUGACAGUUCGGACGUUUUUUGAAAAAAAAAAAAGAUGGAAAUUUUGGCUAGGGGGGACAUUGUGAUAAUUGUGAGUUUGAGAGUUCAGUUAAUGCGCAGAUAUCAAUCUUUUUUGGAUUUUUUUAUUUAGUUAUUUGUGGAGCAGUUGUGCUGUUGAAAAGUUAUUUCUGAAAUUUCAAGGAAAAAAUUUGAAAAUGUUCAAUUGUGAAUUUUUGAAUAAAAUUUGGGGACGUGCUGGUAGGGAUGAAUCAGUUAAUUACUGAAAGUUGCAAUGAAAUUGCAAUUUUCAGGUGCAUGGGACAAUGAAAAUGACUGACAAUUGUGGAAAAUCUAUUUUUUUUAAUUUUCCACAUGAAUAACGAAUUACAUGAACCUUUAAGUCAUAAAUUCAGUUCAAAUUCACGGCAUUGAAAAUGCAAAUUCAAUUAUAACUUGAAUUUCAAGAGAACUCUGACAGUGUGAAUCUACCACAAAAAUAUAAUCUCCAAAAUUCUUCGUUUCAAUUACAAAAAAUGUGAAUAUUCCACUCACAAAAUUCACAAACCUCGAGCAAUCCCCCCGAAAGAAAUCCCCCCACACGAUGAAUAUGGGAACGAGAAAAUAGAAGAAGUACUGUGAUAUUGCCAAUAAUUAGAAUAAUGUGGCUUACGAAAGAAGAAAAAGAAACUCCCGGUUCGUUAUUUGAAUCAUAUCAUUACCUCCAGCAUCAAACGACGAAACACCAACUCGUUGACUAAUCGAUUUAUUCCCGAAUCUAUCGACUAGUCACCAGAAGACAAAAAUCUCUCUCACAACUGUAUUGUUACUAUUUUUCGAGUGAAUGUAAUGUGUUCAGUAAUGGGAUGUUUUCCCCCUGAAACACGAAGAAGCGUCACUUUCACGAGGAAUACUCCCUUCAAUAGUCUAAGUGUCAUUUACCAAUUUAUCAUGUAUACAUUCGCUGCCUCUCCCCCCCCCCUAUCUCUCACCCAACUACUUAUCCUAGAAUUAAGUAUUCUGUCCCCUAGGGCGUGCCAAGGCUGCAAUCAGAUGAAAACACGAUAGAAAAAAAAUAUAUAUAUUAAAUAAAUUAUUUGUCAUUAGGUAGAAUGGAAAAAAGUACUAGUGCUUUGCGAAAAAAAAUUGGAGUUCGUUUGGCAACGAGAUAAUAUAAAUUAUACAUAAUUUCUCCUCGAUGUGUACAAAUGUGAGAUUCAAUUAGGAAAUUACGAAUUGAUAGUGUUGCCUUUUAUCGAAGUGCCUUCAACUUUUUAAAAGUCUUUGAGGGGCCUUAAAUAUUCAUUUGAUAUUUUGCCUGAGAAAAAAAAUUUAUUUAACCGAGGUAAUUAUCGAAGACUAAUUGCAAUGUAUGUACUAUGUACAGAGUUUAUGAUCCAUAGGUGAUGUCUGAGUGUGAAUGAAGUGUAUAUUAAACGCUUGGAAUAUACCGGUGCGUGAGGGGGUGAUGAAAAUUGUGCCUUAACAAUGAUUAUUCUCUUUCUUUCGUAUUUUUUGUUCGUCUCCUCACGCAAUGCGAUACGAAUAACCGAGGAAUCGAGUCUCACGAGUCAGCAAAAAAUGUCAGUUAAUGCUCAUUAUUUUUCAUGCGAUUUUUUUAAUGUAAAUUUUUACGAGAUUCACCGAAUCAAGUCGAUGGAGUGGUUAUCCCCCCCUUUUUUAUCUUCUAUUUAAUUGCUUUAAGAUGAUUAUCGAUAUCUUCAUCAUUAUUAUGGCUUAUGGUUAUCAUUAUUAGUAAUAUUAUUAUUUUGUUUUAUUUUUCAUUGAUCAAUGCGUACCAAAGGACUCUGCAAUGAUCGAAUGUGCAUUUUUAUUUUGGUGUUGAGGGGCAUAAAGGAUGAAGAACAAAGUUAAGGAGUAGGUGCGUUGGCAGUGUUUAAUUCGAGGGAAUGUUUUUUUUUACUGCAAUUUAUUGUGGAGGAAUCAUUGAAACUUUUGUUUAUCUAGUCCAGAAAAAAAAUAAUGGAACAAAUAUAUUGGGUGGGUUUAGGGUCGAGAGUCGGGUAAAUUGUGAGGAGUAAAUUAUUAAUGGGGGAGUGAAGCAAUCCGUAUACCUUCAACACCUGAAUUAAGAUAACAGAAAUGGUAAUUUCAUCAGUUUCACAGCUCAGUUUAUCGUGUGACAUCAGCAAACUGUUCAACAUAAUCAUUUUUUUUUUCAUAGACACUACAAGAGAAGUAAACUCUGUUUAAAGGAAAUAACUGUUGACGAGAAGGGAAAGCCUCAUUGUAACGAAGGCAGAUCUGUUUAGUUUUAUGUUUCCUCCCUCGUAUUCCCCCCUCCCCCUUUCUUUUUAAGAGAAACACUUGUAAAUUUUAUAUUUAAUUUUAAUACCCUUCAUCCCGUACCAGUUUUAUGUUAUUUUAUCUUGGGCCUCGAUUUAUUUUUCCCAUGAGUUGAAAUUUAUUCCCCCCCCCCCCCAUUUGUAAUUAUGUUUGCAAAAUACAGAAUCAUCAUGAUAAUGGUUAGUUUUUAUUUAAGGUAUAAUAUAUUAUGGAAACAAAACUUAUGUACAUAUAUUCGAGUGUGUGUUCUAAAUUAAAAAUAUUCUUUAAUGCUU